UUUAAAUGUGAAAACAAGAAUCAGUCUAGUAUUGAUAUUUUGUAGUGAUCGUGUACAUCAUAAUCUUUAAUUUAUUUUAAAAAGUUUUAAUCAUACUGUCAACGAUAUUCUUAGAUUAAUACAGCUUUUACUAUUUACUACUCUUUACUAGUUUGACUGAAAAGAACUUAAAAUGGCAUAUUGUGUUUCGAUACUUAUAUUAUUCAUUAUAAACGUACUUGCUGAAAAUAAAAACUGUGUGGUUAAACUAGAUUCAAAAGCUGGUUAUUACGUCAAAUGCAGCGGUACUGCUUCAGAUGAACCAAGCCUAGAAAAAACAAUGUCAGAACAGAAGCCUGUUAGAGGUGGAAAAAAAGUUGGUCCUCCUGGACCACCAGGAAUGAAAGGCGCAAAUGGAAAAAACGGAUUAAAUGGUGCUAAAGGAGAUGAAGGACCUAUUGGACCGGUUGGUCCACCAGGACUACCUGGACCUAGAGGCUUAAUGGGAUUUCCUGGAAUAAAAGGAGAUCAGGGCCUUAUUGGAAAUCCUGGUGCUCCAGGUGAACCUGGUUUACCUGGAAAUUGCAUAACAUCUGAAAAGGUUGAAAACAAAGAUAAAUAUAUUUGUACGCAAGGUCCACGUGGGCCACAAGGUGUUCAAGGUUAUCCAGGAGUUCAAGGUGAAAGAGGAUUGCAAGGAGCCCCAGGAAAUAACGGAGAAAAAGGAGAAAAAGGCGAAAGAGGAAGAAUGGGAGCUGUUGGAAUGCCGGGACUACCGGGAUCAGUUGGAGCUAUAAAGUGUGAAUCAAAUUACACACCAUGGGGAGCCAGGUAUUUAGAGGAAAGAAGUUCACUUGAAGAAAUUAUGUGUCCAUACGGAAAUUUUUUGCAAGGAUUCAAACUGGAGACUGAUAGUUUAAGAGAAAGAUACAAGUACGUUUGUUGCGAAAUUUCAUAGUGUGCUUGAAAUUUCAUAAUGCGGUUUUAUCAAAAAUAUGAACAAAAAGAAAAUACUUUAUGCAUGCAACUGAGAAAUUGCUUCAUAAAGUUAGCUAUAAAACCUAUUGUAAACGAAAAGAGGGAGUGAAAAAACUAUUCUUGAUUCAUAUAUCUAAGUUUAUCCAAAAAUUAUUGAAGAAUAAUAACUUAUAUCUAAAUCACUUUUUUUAAAACAGAAACAGUUUAUAAAUAGAAAAAAAUAGAAGAAAAUAAACAACAAAUAGCUCGUCAACUUUAUAUAAAUUUAUUUUGAAUUAGUGAUAGAUAGUAUUGCAGUUAAUAUGGUGUGUUAUUUUAUAACAAUCAAUACAGAUUAAUCAGAGCAAUCAAGACAGACUCAUAUGUAUAUAUAAAACUUGGUAUCAUUGUUUUUAAAUUUAAAAAAAUAUUAAUUUAUUAAUGUAGUAUUUUGAAAAGAAAUAUAAAUUUU